AUGGAAAAAACUGUCGAAAACUCUAAAAAACUCUGGACGUAUGCCAAGGAACCUUUGAUGAACUUGGAAAAACUGAACAAAAAAUCUUCCGAUUUAGCUGUUCGAGACCAAAUAAAUCUAACAUUUUGCAAACAACUAUUUGACUUUCAAGAGAAAAAACUCAACAUACUUCAAGCUGGGGAAGAAUUACCACCUGAUAUGGAUCAAGAUGUUCCUCAAGUACUGGUGGAUAUGGAAAAGAAUGAAUAUAAAAGGAUGUUCAGCCCUUACUUGGAGUUGAAAGGCUUUGACACAAUAAAGGAUACACCUGUCGAAAUUUUACACGUAUUUUUGCUUGGACCGGUGAAAUAUUUAUUUGGCGAUUUCAUGAAAGGAUUGGAUGGUGAUCAAAAAAAAGAACUCUUGGCAUUAUGGAACUCUUUUAACACAAACUCUUUAAAUAUCCCUUCCAUUAGAGCCACCAGUAUGGUUCAAUAUUCAUCAAGUUUGAUUGAGAUACUGCUCAAUGGGUUAAUAAAGCCAAAUUCCAUAUGUUACUUCACCUCCCAGAAUCUAUCCUGCGCUUUGGUCCAGCCAGUCUUUUUGCCACAGAAAAAUUUGAAAGCUAUAAUGGUAUCCUUAGAAAUGCUUCAAUUCACUCCAACCGCCAAAGUCCUGGUCAAGAUAUAG